GCUGCCUGCCAGGGACAGCUCUCAGCCGGCCCGGGGAGCUGCUGCCAGCGCUGGGGAGAAGCUGUGGGGGGAAGGAGCCGCCCUGAGCAGGGCAGGUGCUGCUGCUGAGAGGUGCUGAGUGGGGCAGGGCUGCUCCCAGCUCCAGACCAGCCUGGGCACAGCUCCGGAGGACACUUGCCAAAAGAAGGCAACGAGAGGAUGAGAGAAGCAGAACAAGAAUUGAAAUCACAGAAUCACUGAACUUUCUGAGUUGAAAAAGACACACAGGAUCAUCAAAGUCCCCAUGUGCAGCCACAGCAAAUGUCCAACAGCAGCUCCAUCAGCCACUUCCUCCUGCUGCCAUUGGCAGACACGUGGCAGCUGCAGCUCCUGCACUUCUGCCUCUUCCUGGGCAUCUCCCUGGCUGCCCUCCUGGGCAACGGCCUCAUCAUCAGCGCCGUAGCCUGCGGCCACCACCUGCACACGCCCAUGUUCUUCUUCCUGCUCAACCUGGCCCUCACCGACCUGGGCUCCAUCCUCACCACUGUCCCCAAAGCCAUGCACAAUUCCCUCUGGGACACCAGGACCAUCUCCUACACAGGAUGUGCUGCACAGGCCUUUUUCUUUCUGUUCUUCAUUGGAGCAGAGUAUUUCCUCCUGACCAUCAUGUGCUAUGACCGCUAUGUGUCCAUCUGCAAACCCCUGCACUACGGGACCCUCCUGGGCAGCAGAGCUUGUGCCCACAUGGCAGCAGCUGCCUGGGCCAGUGCCUUUCUCAAUGCUCUCAUGCACACAGCCAAUACAUUUUCCCUGCCCCUUUGCCAUGGCAAUGCCCUGGGUCAGUUCUUCUGUGAAAUUCCCCAGUUCCUCAAACUGUCCUGCUCACGCUCCUACUUCAGGGAAUUUGGCCUCAUUGCGUUUUUCAUGUCUUUCGCAUUUGGUUGUUUUGUGUUCAUUGUUUUCUCCUAUGUGCAGAUCUUCAGGGCUGUGCUGAGGAUCCCCUCUGAGCAGGGACGGCACAAAGCCUUUUCCACCUGCCUCCCUCACCUGGCUGUGCUUACCCUCUUUGUCAGCACUGCCAUGUUUGCCUACCUGAAGCCCCCCUCCAUCUCCUCCCCAUCCCUGGAUCUGGCCCUGUCAGUUCUGUACUCAGUGUUGACUCCAACCCUGAACCCCCUCAUCUACAGCCUGAGGAACCAGGAGCUCAAGGCUGCCCUGAUGAAAGCAAUGACUGGAUCUUUUUCAAAAGUUAAAAUUUUUCUGUUUUCUUCUGCAUAG